AUGAAACUAUCCCAACUCAAUGUCAAAGACAUGCACUUUCUCUUUUUUUCUCUUGGCCUAGACGAACAUAGUAUAGUAUCUUCAUGCUUUGAUGCUAAAGAUAUUUGGGACAAGUUGGAAGUGACCCAUGAAGGAAACAACCAAGUGAAGAAGUCAAAGAUUGGCAUUCUUAUUCUCAACUACGAGAACAUCAAGAAGAAGCCCGAUGAAGAUAUAAAAACAAUGUAUGUUUGGUUUACUUCCAUCAUCAACGAGCUUAAGAUUUUUGGGAAAUCUUAUCCCAAUGAAGAAGUAGUGAGAAAGAUACUUUAUUCCUUACCAAUGUCUUGGGAAGGAAAAGUAACCGCCAUUGAAAAAGCCAAGAAUUUUGAGUUGUUCACUCUUGAUGAGCUAAUUGAUUCUCUACUCACCCAUAAUAUAAUACUCAAAAGGAAUCAAGAAGAAAAAGAACAAGAAAAAGAAUGA